CGCCCUCCCGCCUGGCAGCUGGCGGCCCGGCAGCCUGCGAAUCCGGGUGGUGAGCCGGGAUGGCGGCUGUGGCGGCGUACGCGGGCUGGCUGCUGCGGCUCCGUGCAGCCGGGGCCGACGGACCCUGGCGUCGGCUGUGUGGCGCGGGGCUGCCGCGGGGCUUCCUGCAGUCCGCCUUGGCCUACGGGGCUGCGGCCCAGAGGCGGCAGGUGGCUCACUUCACUUUCCAGCCUGACCCGGAGCCCGUGGAGUACGGGCAGACUCAGAAAAUGAAUCUCUUCCAGGCAGUAACAAGUGCCUUAGAUAACUCAUUGGCCAAAGAUCCUACGGCAGUAAUAUUUGGUGAAGACGUUGCCUUUGGUGGAGUCUUUAGAUGUACUGUUGGCUUGCGAGACAAGUAUGGUAAAGAUAGAGUUUUUAAUACCCCACUGUGUGAACAAGGAAUCGUUGGAUUUGGAAUUGGAAUCGCCGUCACUGGUGCUACGGCCAUAGCAGAAAUUCAGUUUGCAGAUUAUAUUUUCCCUGCUUUUGAUCAGAUUGUUAAUGAAGCUGCCAAGUAUCGCUACCGGUCUGGGGACCUUUUUAAUUGUGGAAGCCUCACCAUCCGGUCCCCUUGGGGCUGUGUCGGCCACGGGGCCCUCUAUCAUUCCCAGAGUCCUGAAGCUUUCUUUGCCCACUGCCCAGGAAUCAAGGUGGUUGUACCCAGAAGCCCUUUCCAGGCCAAGGGACUUCUUUUAUCAUGCAUAGAGGAUAAAAAUCCUUGUAUAUUUUUUGAACCUAAAAUACUUUACAGGGCAGCAGUGGAGCAGGUUCCUGUAGAGCCAUACAACAUCCCCCUUUCCCAAGCUGAAGUCAUCCAAGAAGGGAGUGAUGUUACUCUAGUUGCCUGGGGCACUCAGGUUCAUGUGAUCCGAGAGGUGGCUACCAUGGCUCAAGAGAAGCUCGGGGUGUCUUGUGAGGUCAUUGAUCUGAGGACUAUACUACCUUGGGAUGUGGAUACAGUUUGCAAGUCUGUGAUCAAAACAGGGCGACUGCUAGUAAGUCACGAGGCUCCUUUGACGGGCGGCUUUGCCUCUGAGAUCAGCUCAACGGUUCAGGAAGAAUGUUUCCUGAACCUGGAAGCUCCUAUAUCAAGGGUGUGUGGGUACGACACACCAUUCCCUCACAUUUUUGAACCGUUCUACAUCCCAGACAAGUGGAAGUGCUAUGAUGCCCUUCGAAAAAUGAUCAACUAUUGACCAUGG